CUUCGGUUGAGCGUCGUUUCAUGAUGUGAUCGAUAUUAAGCAAGUUAAAUAGCAGGUACUCUCUUGUUUGACGUCUUGCAGUCCCUGUUCCUUCAAUUCCACUGUCCUUCACUGGCAAGACCUCAACAAACUGCACUUACUCCCUCGAUAUCAUUGAGGAUCUCACAACUUCCGGUCACAGUGUUCAGAGACAAGGGAGACCAUUCAGAUUUGGAGAAUUUCAUAACAUAUAUACCCCUUGAGCGGACGUUCAGAGCAGCUUUACUACUCAUUGAACAACAACAUACUCACAGUUGCACCUCUUCUUCUCGACCUUGCGACAUGUUCAAUACGAGGAUCUCACCUGCUCUCGCUUUACUGGUCUUAUUGGCUCUAGCCAACGCCAUACCGAAUGCCCAGCAGAAGGCCUCUAAGGAUGUUGACGACUUCUGGGCGAAGAAACCAAUGCAUACUACAAACCUCAUGGCCGGCAAAGCACACAAGACGAUCGAGCCUGCUGCCACCCACAUACGUAUACCCACAGCAAUUCCAAUAGCACCGACACAGAGCGAGGAAGUGAGCGAAUUAUGAUGAACUAUGUUGUUGGUUCACAGGUUUGGUGUUGCCUUGGACCGGUUCGCAAAACCUAUUCCAGGAUGAACGACUCGGAGCGAGGUAUCAAACAGAUGCAUCUGAGCGUCCAACCAUCGGAUCUCUGUGGUCGGGAUUACGAUUGGCUAUCUGGGGCGUUUAUUGGGCAGGGCGGAUCUUGACGGUCGGUGGACUUGGCAUAUGUACUUGAAUCAGCUCCUCUCGAUUCUCGAGAC